UCGAAUCUAGCCAUUGGUCCCUUCCGCCCCAAUGUCAUUUGAUUGGUGAAGUAGUUUUCACUGCAGUCAAAACAAGGAGUGUAGCGUUAGCUACAAGAACUGACAGACACAGACGGUGCGCUUGACAUGGAGAGAGGUAUCGUGACUGGUAGUGAAACCAGCAACCCCAUCAGCGUGGCCAGUCAUGAGAGCUGCUAUCUGAGGACUUAAGCCACCACCGCCACUAUGAAGGUCCCUGCCAACCUCAAUAUUUCCUAUGGGGACGUGGAUCCCCCUGAAACCCCUCCCACCAUGUCCAUUGACAAGCUCUUCCCAGCACUCCUGGAGUGUUUUGGGAUCAUCUUGUGUGGCUACAUUGCUGGACGUGCAAACAUCAUCACAUCCACACAGGCCAAAGGAUUGGGGAACUUUGUGUCCAAGUUUGCCCUCCCAGCAUUGCUCUUUAAGAACAUGGUACUGUUGGACUUUGGCAAUGUCAUUUGGUCAUUUUUGUGGAGUAUUCUCAUCGCCAAAGUGUCUGUGUUUUUCAUUGUGUGUCUGAUUACACUACUGGUUGCCAGUCCUGACACUCGCUUCAGCAAAGCUGGUCUCUUCUCUAUCUUUGCUACUCAAAGCAAUGACUUUGCUUUGGGAUAUCCUAUUGUUGAGGCCUUGUACAAGAACACUCACUCAGAGUACCUACAGUACAUCUACCUGGUGGCACCAGUGUCCCUCAUGGUUCUCAACCCCAUUGGCUUUGCCUUCUGUGAGAUCCAGAAGUGGAGGGACCAGAGAGACCAGCAGCAGAGCAAACUCCAGAUAGUGGGUGUGGUCAUCUUUCAGGUUCUGAAGAACCCCAUCGUCUUCAUGGUUGUUAUAGGCAUUAUCUUCCACUUCAUCCUUGAUCAGAAGAUCCCUGCUUUCAUGGAGCAGUUUGUGGAUGGCCUGGCUAACUCUUUUGGAGGAGCGGCCCUGUUCUACUUGGGCCUCUCCAUGGUGGGCCAGUUGGGAAAGCUCACCGGGUCUACUGUUGUAGCCCUAAUCCUGCUCAUCACUGCAAAACUGUUGGUGAUGCCGUUGAUCUGUCGAGAAAUGGUAGAGCUACUGGACGCCGACCACACCAACUCUGGUCUCAACCACUCCAGUCUCUCCAACUAUGCCUUCCUCUAUGGAGUCUUCCCAACCGCCCCCAGUGUGGCCAUCUAUGCUGCUCACUAUAACAUGGAGCUACAAGUCGUUACAUCAGGGAUGGUACUAAGCACAUUCCUCUCAGCUCCCAUAAUGUAUGUUUCUGCGUGGUUGCUGACAAUACCAUGGAUGGACCCUAAACCAUUGAUGGAUUCACUGCAGAAUGUCAGCUUUAAUGUCAGCAUCAUCAGCUUAGUUACACUGGUUUGGACAGUAACUGUCAUGUUCCUGAGUAAGAAAUUCAAGAGACUACCUCACAUGUUCACCCUCAACCUGUUCCUGGCACAGAUUCUAGCUUGUGUUGGCAUGAUCUUGUGGAACUUUGUCGUGCGACAAGACAGCUUCAUUGGACACGUGUUGACGUUCACACUGUUAUACAGCUCACUGUACAGUACUUAUGUAUGGCCAGGUCUGAUAGCACUUUCCCUUGUGCUGAUGAAAAGGGGUGGUGAGCUAAAGUUUGCACCAGGCUUCCUGGUGAUUGCAGGCUGGGGAGUCCCAGCCCUUGUGGCAGCAGUGCUCCUCAUAACUGGGGAGAGGAUGCCUGACACCAUCGACUCAGCUUUCUUCUAUGGGAGACCCCAGAACAUCUGCACCUCAGUUGUGCUUGUCUUCAGCAUAGUGCUGGGUGGGGGCUCAUUGAUGGGCCUCAGUCGAGGCACAUGGGAUUUUAAGUACCAGGUCCUGGAGAGAGACUCUAUGUUAAGCACUACUGAGGAUCUGAGGCCCCAGAGUUGCCCCGAUACCCAAACUAUCCCAGACAUGUUGGAGCCAGCCGGAACCGGAAGCAUCAACAGAGAGUGCCAUAUGUGUGACUGUGCUCCGUCCCAGCCCAUGCCUGAUAUGAUUGUCAGCACAAACAAAAAUGACACACUUGUCAUCGAGCCAGGUCAGUGUGGGACUGACUGUGAGUCCCCAGGCUGUCUACUGGCCCAGGAGGAGCAGCAGAGGCAGCUAGCAGACAGACAGGUGGCCCGCCACGUGCUCCUGUGCCUGCUACUGACCGUCAGCCUAUUAGCUAACCUGUCCAGCUGCCUGUGGUGGCUGUUUAAUCGAGUUCCUGGGAGACUCUACUUAGAGCUGCAGUUCUUCUGUGCUGUGGUCAACUAUGGACAGGGCUUCAUCUCAUUCGGGAUUUUUGGGCUGGACAAACAUUUGAUAAUACUGCCAUUUAAAAAGAGGAUAUCCAAUCUGUGGCAUAGAAUGAAGCCAGAGGAGCAGCCUCAACUGGUUGUAUCUGACGACAUCAUGAUGACCUGCACUCAAUUCACCACGUACCACAAAGAACAGUGUGUCCGGGACAUUGUCCAGAAGAAGAGGUGUGGGGAGAGGACGGUGGCGGACACUUUUCUUGGCAUUGAGCUGGUGGAGUGGCUAUUGCAGGUGGGUCUGUCACAGGACCGAGGAGAGGCUCUGCUCUACGGGGGCCGACUGCAGCAGGGUGGGGUUCUCCAGCACAUCACCCAGGAGUACGGCUUCCAAGAUGAUGAGCUACACUACCGCUUCACAGCGUAAGGUGGGCCCUGGACAGGCCCAGUCUCAAGGGCCCUGGACAGGCCCAGUCUCAAGGGCUCUACUGAGGCACAGGAUGACAAAGGGAUCGGCUACCUACCAGACCUGAAUCCAGGUCUCUACCUACCUAGCACUAGCAGUAUUAACCCACAGAGGUGAAUAGAAGAAUCUACUGCUUUUUGAAAUACUCGUAUUGUUUUGCACAUGGAAAUAUGCAGUCAUAAACAAGCAUUGAGCACUUGUUUGUUUUCUUUUAAACUGUCCAUUGUAAUGUUUUUGUGUGGUACUGUAUGCAUAACAAGAUUUAACAGUUGUCAGAGGCAGAACUAAUAAUGGAUAAUCUUCCAAAACUAUGGAUGUCAAAUAUCUUGCAUUAUCAUCUCAAAUUAUACAGACUAGCUUGUAUCCCCUUGAUGACACUCGUAUACCAUGAGGCUCUGGUUUAACAUGUUUUUAUUUAGUUUGGAUGACAAGAAUGGUAUUUAGCAAUGUGACCUCAGGUAUUAAAAAUGGAAGCCUGUAAUGUUGCUGUGUAUUCUAAAUACCCUUAAUUUGGCCAUCGUUUAUAACUUGAAAAUAGGAUAUGGCAGCUAGAUCUAUUUUUAAUACAUUUGAAUAAUGUAGAUAGAAUGGUGUCAAAUGUUUAUGGAUGCAGACUUGUCUGCUAAUGCAGAAUUGUAUUGUUUGGUUUUUACUUAUUUGAAUGAUUCUUGGCAAAAAAAUAUAUACAUUUUUGAUCAGCUAUCUUCUUUUGGGAUUUUUAAAUACACAACAAUUAAAUUCCAGUUUGUUUUGGUUGUCUUAUGUUUGUUGGAAGAAAAGGAGUACAAUACCGAAUUUGCCAGAUUAAAUGUACUCUUUAUUAUUUGGGUUAUUUUGUCCUUAAUGGGGUUGUGCUUAUUACUGUUGCUAAUAAGGUAAUUGAGGCAUGUAUUCACCUUGUUUGGCAUUAUGAAUGUUUGAAUAAUGGUUUGUCAAUGUAUUUAUUUCAUGUCACUUGACUAAGAGAAUGUACGGUAUCAUGUACUUUGAAGCCAACUAAUGCUGCAUGUUCCUCUGAUUCCCAGCCUGUUCUGAAAAAAAUUAUCCUCUAUUGUA